AUGACGCACGCCUCCUACUCCCGCGAGAACGGACGCGCGCUCGCCGUCCUGGGCCUGGCCGCCGCGGAGUCCGCCGCGGCGCUCCGCGCCCUGGCCGCCGACCUCGACGCCGCGCCCUCCGCCGUGUCGCGCGCUGCCAGCGAGGCCGCGUCCGGCGACGCGUGCGCCAGGGCCGGGGCGCUGCUCGGGAUCCCGGACGUCGUGCGCGUCGCCGGCCGGACCAGCGCGUCCGCGCCGACCGUCGUCUGCGGUGCCCUCCGGGCGCUCGUCGGCGCCGUCGCCGUCGACGCCAACAGCACCGAUGCCGCAGGGGAGGUGUUCUGGAGGCUGCACGCGCUCACUUCGUCUGCCGCCGUCGCCGCGGUGUGA